AUGUUUGCAUGCCGGAGAAGCGGCUCUGUUGUCAGGACGCUGAAGCCGACAGCAAUACAGCUUCGCCAUGCAAGUCAAGCACCCUCGACCGCCCAACUAAACAAACCCAUCGACUUCAAAAAGACAGCUAUUCUACACCAAUCACAAACCAGUGCUCGGUCAGCCUUCGGUCUCUCGCAAGAUGCCCCGGUCGACUGGGUGAAUCUUCAUGGCGCCAUCAAUGCUUCUUUGCAUCACGCCUUGAAGACCGACGAGAAUGUGCUUUUGUUUGGAGAGGACGUCGCAUUCGGCGGCGUCUUCCGAUGUUCAAAGGGGCUGAGCGACGAAUUUGGCACAAGCCGAGUUUUCAACACGCCACUAUCAGAGCAAGGAAUUGUUGGGUUCGCCAUUGGGUGCGCAGCUGAGGGCAUGAAACCAAUUGCAGAGAUCCAAUUCGCAGAUUAUGUCUUCCCAGCCUUCGACCAGUUGGUCAAUGAAGCCGCCAAGUUUCGAUACCGGGAGGGCGGGACUGGUGGAAAUUGUGGCGGGCUCGUCGUCCGAAUGCCAUGUGGGAGUGUCGGACACGGCGCUUUAUACCACUCGCAAAGCCCAGAGUCGCUAUUCACGCAUAUUCCGGGUUUGCGAGUGGUGAUGCCGCGAUCACCAAGUCAAGCCAAGGGUCUUCUGACAGCAUCAAUCUUGAGCUCGCGCGAUCCCGUCAUCUUCAUGGAACCGAAAGUCCUGUAUCGCGCAGCAGAGGAGUUCGUCCCGAGAGACCCGUACACUUUACCACUCGACAAGGCCGAAGUCCUGAAAACAGGCAAGGACCUCACAGUCGUCUCUUACGGCCAACCACUUUACCUCUGCUCGGCCGCAAUCGAAGCCCUAGAAAAGGAGAUCAAAGGGCUGUCUAUUGAGCUUAUCGACCUUAGGGCUAUCUACCCUUGGGAUCGGGCCACGAUCAUGGAAAGUGUCAAUAGGACAGGCCGCGCAGUCGUGGUGCACGAGAGCAUGUACAAUGCCGGUGUAGGCGCAGAGGUCGCUGCAAGUAUCCAAGAAAGGGCCUUCCUCAGGCUUGAAGCGCCCGUGGCAAGAGUCACUGGCUGGAGUACUCAUCCUGGAUUAGUAUUUGAGAAGUUCAAUAUUCCGGAUAUAACAAGUGAGACUACCUGGCCUUCGUGA